GGCCAGCCGUCGGAGAGUACGUUGUGCGCUGGCUUUGUACCAGCCAGCUUUACGCGGCAUUUUGAAUUUCGGAAAAUCGAACGCGAAAAAAAACAAACCAUAAAUAACCAUCAAUUAGUGAUACCAACCAAUAAGUGACAAGUGUUUUUGGAUUUGGAACACCAAGCGUUCGAAUUUUGAAUUCGGAAAAACAAUGACUGAAACACAGGUGGAUUAAAAUUUCGUGCCCCGUGUUGCGUUGUUCAUAAAUUUUCACGUCUUCUGUCAUACAUUAAGUAACUAUUUUUUUUUGUGGCAUUAUACAGUGAUGUUGACUGUAGAUUACUGUUAGGUACAAAUUGUAAAGUGAUUAAUUAUUCGCCUGAAGGAUUAUGCUGUGAACGUUUUUGUUUCGUGACUACGUGAAGGUGUCAUUGAGGAGACCACGGUGACGAACACAGCAAAAGCGGAGCUUACUUUGAGAUUAUCACACAUGGACAAUCAUCGCACCCUUUAAAACACCCACUAAAUCAUAAAACUAUAACAAUUUAUCAUUACACUAAAAAGAACCCAAAAAUAAACAUGGCGCUUAAAUUCAAGCGGUCUUAUUCAAAAAUAGAACGCCACGUUCCAGCCAACAGGGGAAGCUAAACUUCCUUUUUAAAAAUGUAAAAAUUUAAAAAUAGAAACCGGAUACUGAGCAACGGAUGUCGGAAACUACGUAAAUAGUCGUUGAGUGACGAAAAUGUCGAACUAUAAGUGUAGAAUUGUCACAAGCAGGGGUGUUCAACCUUUGUUCCUGUUGUUACGGACUCGGAAAGUGGAUUUUAGUUUGUGUUUAGUGUUGCUUGCAUUUUUUGGUGUGUGUGGUGGUUAUCACGAACAGAAGUUUGCUAUGGAGCCUCAGGAUCAGACUGCCAUAGUUGGAUCGAGGGUAACACUUCCUUGCCGCGUGGAGAAUAAAGCAGGUCAAUUACAAUGGACGAAGGACGACUUCGGUCUCGGUCUACACAGAGACCUUAGUGGCUACGAGCGUUAUAAGAUGAUAGGCAGUGAUGAAGAAGGCGACUAUUCCCUGGACAUCAGGGACGUGACAUUGGAAGAUGACGCCAAAUACCAGUGCCAAGUCAGCUCAGGGGCCAAAGGUGAACCCGCAAUCAGAUCAAGAUACGCUCGUCUAACCGUCCUCGUGCCUCCUCAACCGCCGAAAAUACUGCAAGGGAAUUACCUCUCUACCAUCGAAGACAGACAUGUCAAAUUGGAAUGCGUGUCCGUAGGGGGAAAACCACCAGCUGAGAUCACAUGGGUAGACAGCAAUGCUGGAGUCAUCACUCAAGGAGUCUCCUACAGUGUUGAAGCUUUACCAGACGGGCAGCGAUUUACGGCUAGGUCCAUAUUGAAGAUGACACCGAAGCAGGAGAAUCACAAUCAAACGUAUACUUGUCAAGCACAAAACACUGCCGACAGGGCCUACAGAGCUGCUAGUAUACAGAUUGAGGUAAAAUACGCUCCCAAAGUACGUAUUCAAAUAAAAUCUGGAGUCAAUGGAAGAAUACCGGAGGGAGAGGACGCUGUUAUAGCAUGCGUCGCCGAUGCCAACCCUUCAAAUAUAUCAUUCAAAUGGUAUAUGAAUGACGAAUUAAUGGUUGGUGAAAAUAACACAGAAUUGCGUAUCCCAAACGUAACUAGAAAAUACAGUGAAAUGGUAACAAAAUGUGAAGUCUACAACGAAGUUGGCAAAAGUGAAGAAACUAUCACUUUGGAAGUCACAUACGCACCAACGUUCAGAAACUUACCAAAAGACGUAGAAGGCGAAAAAGGCACGAUAGUUACGUUGAGCUGCGAUGUCGAAGGAUAUCCGACUCCAGAAAUCAGAUGGCUACAUUACGAGGAGGAUCAGACUAUUAGAGUCGGAAGAACACCUAAUCUAACUCUAACUUUGGACACACAUACGUCAGGUAGAUACCUUUGCAAGGCCAGUGUAGACGGGUACCCUGAAAUCGAAGCUGAGGCUUCUUUAUUUAUUAAAGGUCCACCGAAAAUUCUCUCUAACCACACACAGUUUGGAUCUCAAGGCGAUACUGUGAAUAUAGAGUGUGCUGCAUUUGCUAUACCUAGAAUUGACAGUAUAGUUUGGACAUUUGAUGGCAAGGAAAUCGAUUCUUUACAUGAUCAAGAUUACGCUUUCCUUGAAGACGUCCAGGAAGGUGGUGUCAUCAAUUCUACUCUCAUCGUCAGAGAAAGUCAAUCCAAACAUUUUGGAGUCUACAAAUGCAAUGUUUCCAAUGAAUAUGGGAGCGAUACCUUGGAAAUUGUUCUAAGACCUAAUAAAACAUUUCCACUCCUUAUGAUUCUCUUCGGAGUGACAUCAGGAACAAUAAUGGUGGCAAUAGUAAUAAUGCUAGUGAUACUCUGUCAAAGAAAACAGAGAAACAAUAAACAGACUCAAGUAGCCGAGAAACCAGAUGUGACAGUGACAGCUGAAGAACUGUACAAAGAGAACGAUAGGAAUUCUAAUAUAAGUGAAUUGAAGAUGGAAUUGAGGCAGGCUAACGGCAGUUGUGAAGUGGAUUACUCAAACACUGGCUCAGAUAGCACUCUCUGUUCCAACGCAAAGCUAGGAAGUGGUAUACCACUUGCCGGAACAGUACCACUAACAACUAUCAAUCAAGGGAACUCUUACCAGCCUUAUAGAUAUAGCAACGAUUACAGUGAUCCCGCCUAUGCUGAUUGCUAUAAGAUGAACGGCUACAGCAAUGGAUAUUCAACGUACGUCCACUAUGGACACGAUUACACUCCGGGUUCACUGCGAGUCCAAUCGCCCACUAUAAGUAGUGAUAAACUAACUCCUAAUAGGUCUGUUAAUGGUAGUCUACCUAGAAGCGUUGAUACGACGUCAACCGUACAGUUCAAUCCUGGAAAUGGGUCCCAGAACAACUCCCUACAGAGGCCUGUUAAGAGGCAAGACAGUAGUAACGCAUUGAAUAGCCUGGGAUUACCCAAUAAUGAGGUAAAUCGAAUACCGAAUGGAGGAAUAAUACCAGGUGUAGACGUCAGGUACGCGGCGACUUAUGGGAAUCCUCACCUAAGAGCAGGAGGAGGUCUUGGCUUUACUACUGUUAAUACUGCCAAGCCAGCGUCUACACCUGCACCACCACCAUAUUCUUCUGUUAGAAGUUCUGUGAUUUUACCUUCAGGUACAUCAUCUCACUCAAUAACGUCACCCACAAGCCUAGCGUCUCCACAAUGUGCGACGAGUCCUAUUACUACUUCUACAAUGUCCACUGAUAGUACGCAACCUGCUGUUGGGGUAGCAACAUCUUCAGCCACACCACAAUCACCCAGCGCCCAUUACAUAUUGGCGCCAUCCAACAGGACUAUUAGCAAUGCUACCGUUACUAAGAAAGGUAACGGCCUACAGCAACCUCUAGCGACUCACGUAUAACCAAAAUUUUCAUAAACUUUCGAUAAAAUUUACAAAAAACCUUUAAAGCGAA